GUGCUCUAAAAAUAGAUUGUUCACCAUCACAAGAAAUUUUCGGUCACAAAAACAAGUAUUUUUCGGUAGCUUAUUUUUUCCAAAAAAGUGUGGAAAUACAUUAGAUUUUGCCAAUACAAUUAUUUCGAUAGGUUUACGAAACAUUUUGUCAUCGAAUGGUAGUAUUUUGAUUCGAUUGAAUGUGUGUUAAUCUGAUGAAAUUUGAAAUUAUUGUUCGUCGAAGCUUUCUUCUCGAAUUUCGGCUGCUUCCAUAUUUUUUCUUCGAUUGUGGUCAACUAUUGGGCUGUAUCUUGGCGAAAAGGGGCUGAGUUGAAAACAGCAGGAGCAGCCAACGAUGAGCGGCAAGGAUAAGGAUAAAAUUCUGAACAAGAUAAAACAAUACUUAUCGAGGACUAACAAAAGUGUUGACGCGUCGCAUCAUGAUCCGAAUUAUUUUCCGAUAUCACCUGAGUUGGAACGGGAGUUGCAGCCGGAAACACCUGUUGGACAGCGUUGUAAGGCUUUGAAGGAUUUUAGUGACAAUGUUCUGAAGUAUCGCUUGGAGGCAGAUGCUGUGCAGCUCCUAUGGCAGUGGACCAAGGAUCUAAUCGUGGGAAACAAGUCCACAGAGCAGAGACAUGUCGCCCUCAACUUCUACUGCAAACUGAUUCAAGGGCAGUACGAUAAUCUCAAAAUGAUGAGAGCCCAAUUCUUUCGAGUGAUUGUUUCGCACGAAGAACCCGAAGACAUUGAAUACCGAUUGCAGAUGCUGAAAAGUCUCACCGAGAACGGUAAGAACAUCCAGUACUUUGAGAAGGAAAUCGGCGCUUUCCUUGUUCAGUGGAUCCCUCAGAUAGAACAAGUGGGCUACAUCACACAGUUGCUGGAUCUAAUCGUAAACCUCGUCAAAUACAAUGCGGCAAGCUUGGAGAAAAAUUUCCUCGUCGGAAUCGUCAACUACAUUUUCGACAUAACAUGCAAGGUUGAGGACACCCAGACAAUUCUACUCUGCCUAACGGUUCUGGAUUGCUUCAUCUGCUACGCAAUCAUCCCGAAUGAAACUCUGACGCUGUUCAUUGUCAUUCUCUGCCGCACGGUUAACCGGGAAGCCUUUUGCCAGACGUCGUGGAAGAUCAUGAAGAAUCUGUUCGGCACGGCCUUGGGCCAUGCCACACUGCUCACCAUGUGCAACAUUCUGAACGAUAAAAACUUCUACCGCGAUGAAGCUCUCCUGCGGGGUGCCAUAUUUCACACGAACGUCGGACUGUGGGGCGUCAGCGGAUGCGUCGUGCCGAUAUUGAACUGUUCCCCGUCGAUUGUGCUGACCAGCUUUUUAAAUGCCCUCAGAAGUGAACAUGUUGUGGUCACGUACGAAGUGAUUCUCAGCAUUCAUCGGCUGAUACAGAAAAGUGGCACAGAACUCAACGAGCCAACGUGGGACAUCAUUUGCGAUAUCAUGAACGAAAUAUCUUCAAAUCUAGCUAAGUAUAAACUUCCCAAUGAGAACAAUGUCGUGCGACAUUUCCACGAGAUGAUUGAUCUGAUUGAGGAGUUGUUGCAGAAGAGUGAUAUCAACGCAGACCCGGACAAAAUUUAUGGAUUGAUCGAGAAGGUGUCCACCGAACGCCCUGAAGCUUCAGUGCGAGGAUUGAUUGAGUACAUGACAACGAAAAUAUCAGCAAUCCGACCGCAGUGGCUGCUGGAGCUUUGUUCCUUCAUGGACCGGUUCUACAAGAUGAAGAACACAAUGAUUAGAGUGCAUGCCGUUCAAGCAUUGGUUCGAAUAAUGGCAAUCAAUCGGGCAAUCUAUGAGGAGGAAAUUCUAGAGCGCAUUGUAAUUGUGCAUCUAGGAGGCGUGGUUCACGAAACGGACGCCGAAGUUAGGAAAGCUGUAGCCGGAGCCAUGAUUGAAUUUAUCAUGCACUGCGACACAAAACGUUGUUUCGAACUGUUGGAAAUUGUAGGCAAAAUGUUGCACCGUCCGUAUGAUUGCUACGCACAGAGCGGGGUUGUAUUUCAUUCGGUCAAGGACGUGGAAGAUAUAGUUAUUUUGGUAGAUGGAUUGAUCCGCGUGUUCACCGUAAAGCUGUAUCGAGUUCCUUCGACACAUGCUAUCAAAGUGUAUCAUCUGUUGAUGUUGCUGUUGGAAUCCCAUUAUGAAAAGCCCGUGGUUCUACAGCAUGUCAAUAUCAUUAGAUAUAAGAUUUUCAGCUGGAUGUUGCAGGCCCGGGCUAAUGCGUCGUUUCACAUUGGAUAUCCGGACAUCGAGAAUGAUAACAGAAUUCGAUUCAGUCACUACCUCGGCAUUGAAGGCCCUUAUCAGCACCAGAGUGGUGGACAAGUGCAACAACAGGUGGGCGGCUUAUCGCAACAAGUUCAAUCGUCGAGCCAACUGAACCUAGCGCUCCAGGAGAACAUGAAAACCGCUGACAUCAUGCCUUCGACAAAUCUUACAACGAUUUCCAUCAAACGAGGCUGUCAAAUUAUUGUCAACUGCCUCAAAGAGGAAAAAGAUUGGCAUGUGAUUCAACUGGUGCUAUCUGAAUUGCCAAACAUAAUGGAAAACAAGGCGCUGAUUCAGGGCAAUGAUAUUGACUCUCUGGCGAAGACGCUUAUCAAAAUGUUUGGCGAUAAGUUGCUGGCAGAAAAACUCAUGGGAUACCAAGUGAAACCCACGUUGUCCGAUGUUCAUGAUUUGGUUUUGCCGGCUUUAGCCAGUUUAGCUUCGUACCAUCAGCAUCUUGAAGCAAGCACUAAGAAGAGCAUAAUCGAUGUCUUCAAAAUGGGCUUGAUUUCAAGAAGGCCUCACGUGUGCAUUCAAACUUUCACGGUCCUACUGCUGGAAAAUCCCGAUUCGUUGGUUCCCAGGCUGGACAAUCUGUUGUUUGAACUGAGCAAGAUGGCCAAUACGAACAUAGUGGCCAUUCCGGUACUGGAAUUUCUUUCUACGCUGAGCCAUCUCCCAAACGAUCGCUUUGCAAACUUCCGAUCCGUAGAGUACAUGUAUGUGAUGGCCAUGUCGUGUCCCUACACAAAUCCCUACCGUUACGAUCACUACACUGUCUCUUUGGCGCAUCACGUGAUCGCUACAUGGUUCCUUAAAUGUCGUCUUCCAAUACGCAAAGGUCUGGUCAACUACAUAGUCAAGGGUCUCGAAUCCUACGUUCACACGCCAUUCCAAGACGGUUCCAAACAGCAGCGCACAGACUAUUCGUCGGCCAAUGAAGAUUCUUCAAAUCGGAAGCGGAGUUCAAGCCUUACCGAGCAGGGAUCCAAACGGAAAGAUCGGAACACUAUUCUACAACAGCAGCAGCAACAACAACAGCCACACUCUCAACAGUCGAGACCAAGUAAACCACCAUUCAACAGCGAAUCGUACAAUUUCCACUCGGAACUAGCCGAAACUUGCAUUGAUUUUAUGGCCAACCAUACGUUUUCGCCAUGCUCGGGGUUGGCUAGACGAAAUCCUGCAUCGGAAUUCCUACUUAGAGGUGGACAGUCCAACACCUGGCUUGUGGGUCACAAUCUGAUCACCAUAACCACCAGCGGAUGUUCCGGUGUUUCGUUACGCAAUGGCCUGUGCGAUCGGUGCUAUGCCACGUGUCGAGAAUAUGCAGCGGCCAGUAAAGCCGAUUCCAGCACCACCGCUGGAAUUCCACCGCUUUCUCCCGAAUCGACCCCGAGUGUUGCAUCGAACAAGGACUCCGGCAUUGCGGUGCCGACGACAGAAAGUGGCAGUGCAACCGGCGUUGCCGAUGGGCAACCUGUUAUUAACAAAAGGUAUACCAAAGCUAGUUUGCAACAUAGUAGCGCUAACGAAUCGGACAGCACUGAACUGACGAGCUCAACUUCUUCUUCGGCGGCGGCGACACCAUUUCCUCAGAAUGCAUUACCAACCCCCACCAAUCGCUUCUUCCGCCAGGGCUCUCAGGAGGGUUACUCCUCGGGAUCCUUGGAGGCUUUGUCUCGACGUGGCAGCAAUCCAGACUCGGUGGAAAAUGGACUCGCAGGCGCUGCUGGAAACGAACAGCAACCGCUUCGACAGGGCACCGAGAACCGAGCUGACACGGGAUUGAUGACGACGCUAGGUAAUAAGCUCAUUUUGCCUCAGCAGCAGACGUCUAGUAGCAGCGGUAACAGUGUGGUUACAAGUGGUAAUGCACUAGAUAAGCCGAUUCAGCUGUGCGCAUGUUCAUGUACCGGUUGGGCAGAAAUAUGCAUUCGCCGACCUACUGGUGUAGUUUCUUGGAUGAUGAGGGUUCAAAACCAAAUCAAUUACGAUUCAACAUCUGGAGAAUUUCCUUUACAAGACCUGACAGCAUUGUUUGCUCCAAGUCUUGGUGGAGGUAUUGUAGGAACGAAUCUCCUCAAUCGUAAUCAUCAUGUGAAGGCUUCUGGGGCAGCUGUAACUAUUCAACCGGCAAGCAGUGCAACUGCGAAUUUUUCGCAGGACGACCUAGAAUCUGUAUCAACACAGCAAUUGUCCCAAACUCUCCCACCGUCGUCGACUGUUGUUCCGAAAGCCAAGGUAUCCAUUUCGGAUGAAGUUUUCGAAAUCAAAAAAGAAGAAGAAAGU